AUGAGGAAGCUUCCUUCUGUUCUGGCUAGGAUGCUCGCUUCUGGGACCAGUGGCUCCUCAAUGCUUCCUGACAUGGCUGAAGUGCGGAGCAGAUUGAGGGAUAUAGUGGGAGCAUCUACCAACUGGAGGGAUCAUGUGCAAGCAAUGCAAGAAAGAAAAGCUCUUCAUACUUUACUGGCAAAACGACAGGAAGAUCUCCCUCCUAGGAGAAUGAAGGAUAGCUACUUGGAAGUUAUUCUGCCUCUAGGAAGUCAGCCUGAAAUAAGAGAAAAGUACCUGAAUGUAUACAACAGUGUAAGGUUUGGAAGGAUACUUGAAGAUCUUGACAGUUUAGGAGUUCUUAUUUGCUACACUCACACCAAGCAGGAAAUGCAGCCAAGGUCUCCCUUAUCAAUAGUUACAGCUCUGGUGGAUAAAAUCAAUUUGUGCAAGAAGAUUAUAUAUCCAGACUGUGACAUCAAAUUCACAGGCAAUGUUUCUUGGGUUGGGAGGACCUCAAUGGAAGUGAAGAUGCACAUGUUGCAGGUUAGUUCCUGUGACUUCUCUCCAUCGUAUGACAGGCUUGAG